AUGGACGUGGGGCGUGACUUGCAUAUGGCGAAGGGAGAAGGCGAGACGAGCUACUCCAAGAACUCGAGGCUUCAGGUUCAUACAUGCAAUCUUCUGAACCAAAUACCAGGAAUACUUUCAACGUACAUAUCAUUUUUACCCCCAGUGCUUGACAAAGCUGUGACAGAAGUGUGCGAGGCUCUUCUCGGCCCAACAAUGACUGUUUGUGAUCUAGGGUGCUCUUCAGGCGAGAACACGCUUAUUUUCGCCUCUAAUGUGGUUGAAGCCAUAGUUUGCAAUCGCCACAAGUUUGGAUGUAAUCCGGCGGAGCUCCAGUUCUUCCAUAACGACCUACCAAGCAAUGACUUCAACCUUAUCUUCCAGUCACUUGAAAAGUUCAAGGAGAUGGUUACACUAGCCUGCAAGGGAGAAACACCACCUCCUUUGUAUACUGUGGGAUUGCCGGGCUCCUUCUACACCCGGCUAUUCCCUCGCCAAAGUGUUCACCUCUUUCACUCCGCAUACUGCCUCCACUGGCGUUCUCAUUUUCUUUCAGGUUUAGAGGGUGAAGGAGGAGCAUACCAAAAUGAAGGAAACAUUUACAUUGCAAAGAAUACACCACCAUCAACAGUAAAACUGUACAAGGGUCAGUUUCAAAAGGACAUGCUGAUGUUCCUCAAGCUGCGAUAUGAAGAGCUAGUGCUUGGCGGUCAAAUGGUGCUGUCGUUUCCUGGCAGGGAAAAUGAGGAUGUGUACGAUGGAGAUAUGAACCAUCUUUGGGGAUUACUUGCACAAUCCAUGCAAUCUCUCGUUGAAGAGGGUUGCAUUGAGAAGGAAAAGUUGGACUCCUUCAGUCUACCUAUUUAUGGGCCAUCACUAAGUGAAGUCAAGGAUGUGGUGGAGCAGACAGAGUUGUACGACAUCAAACACAUCAAACUGUUUGAACUCAAUUGGGAUUGCUGUGACGAAUCGGAAGGUGAUGAUGUUCUUGACCACGUUCAGAGUGGCGUGAACGUUGCAAAUACCAUUAGGGCAGUGUUUGAGCCGAUGCUCGCGAUCCACUUUGGUGAAUCCCUGAGCCUGAUUGAUGCAAUUUUCAAGAAAUAUGCAUAUUAUGUUGCUGAGCACCUCAAGACGGUGAAGACCAAAUUCGCAGUCAUUGUGCUUGUCCUGAAAAGAAGAUGA